AUGCCUGGCCUCUCCACCUCCCCCGCCUUCAAGCAUAUCACCAUCACCAAGCUACACCCUACAUUCGGCGUCGAGAUAAGCGGUGUAGACUUCUCGCGACCAGUGGAGGGAGAAAUCUUUCAAGACAUUCUAACUGCAAUCACACAGUAUGGUGUCUGCGUGUUUCGGAAUACGGGACUCGACGAUGCACGUCACGUUGCCUUUGCAGGGCAAUUUGGCGAGUUGGACGAUGUGACACCCUACACGGCUGGUGGUCGCGCGCAUCGACUCUCCGAUGUCCGCCUGUUUGAUGUGGGUAAUAUCAACCUAGACGGAAUGGUGUUUGCACUGGACAAUGUCCGUCGGGAGUGGAAUAAGGGAAAUGGACUCUUCCACGUAGAUUCAAGCUUCAACCCCCGACGAGCAGGGUACUCGUUACUCCGGGCGCACGAACUUCCACCCGCAGGGAUGGGCGGAGAAACCGAAUUCGCCGACGUGCGAACAGCCUUUGACGAGCUACCGACUUCGUUCAAGGAUGAACUGCGAGAAAAGGACUAUAUAGCAGCCCACUCGCUCUGGCAUUCGCGUAAAAUGGCUGCGCCCACGACGUUCACCGACAUCAAUCCGGACGAGUAUCCGAUGGGACGACAUCGCCUGGUCCAGCGACAUGAGGGAUCGGGUCGAGAGACGCUGUAUAUCGCUGCACAUAUUCACCACAUCGAGGGGAUAGACGCGGAAGCAUCGCAGUCGUUAUUCAAUCGGCUCUUCCAACAUGCCACGCAGUCCAGCUAUGUGCUUCGCAUUGGGUGGGAACAAGCCGGGGACUUGAUUCUGUGGGAUAAUACCAGUGUGAUGCACCGAGCGGUCGGGGGAAGCUUUGAAGGCAAGUUUCGACGGGAUAUGCGACGGGCGACGGUGCAUGAUGGGAGUGGCUCGGCGUGGGGGUUGAAUGAGCGGAGUGAAGUGCGGCAGGGAUUGCCGUGA